CUCCCAUCUUCGUGAUUGAAAGGACAAACAUUAUUUGUUACUCUAUUGGAGGAAGUAAAUAUAAACACCCUUUUGUGUUGUUUUACCAUUCGGUCACGUAAAGAUGCUCUCUUAAGUUAAAGCACAAACAUAACAGGUCAUUAUAUCGUAGGCUUGGACCUUUUCACAGAAAAAGGAAAAGGAAAAAGCUGGGCUGGCCCAGAUUUAAGCUGUGCUGCCUAACUUGAUGGGCUAGAACUAUGUUGGCCCAAGGCUAGGUAAGCUGUCCCGUCCCCACUAUCGGCCGCUUCCUUUCCUCCAAAACUUAACCAAAUUAACCUCUGCAAAUUUUUGAAGGAAUUGGAUUGUCGCUCUCUUAUUUGUUCUUCACUCCACCGGCGCAAUCAACCAUCCAACGACUUCCCACUUUUUUUUUUUCAAAAAAGUCUAGCUCUCCAGAUCUCUCUGUUGGUACAAUCGAUUCAUUUUUUGAGCGCGGAAAUCUGUCCGUGAUCGGAGCCGGCAGAAUCCAACGAUGGAUAGCUUGCCGACGACGACGAAAUCUGACCGGCGAUGGAGAUCCAAGAACCUUCAGACCUCCAAACCUUCUCUAGUAAUGGCCUUCUUUUCUUGCCUCGCUUGGCUCUACGUUGCCGGCAGGUUGUGGCAAGAUGCGGAGAACAGAACAUUGCUCACUAAUCUUCUUAAGACGAAUUCCGCACAGACACCCAAGGUGCUUUCGGUGGAAGAUAAGCUAGCCGUCCUUGGAUGCAAGGACUUGGAGAGGAGGAUUGUAGAGGCUGAGAUGGAAUUGACAUUGGCCAAAAGUCAAGGAUACCUCAAGAACCAGUUGCCACAGUCCAAGUCGGCUGCCGGCAAAAAGCUUCUGGCUGUUAUCGGAGUUUACACCGGAUUCGGCAGUCGCCUCAACAGAAAUGUCUGUCGAGGGUCUUGGAUGCCAAAAGGUGAUGCCUUAGAUAAGCUGGAAGAGAGAGGAAUCGUGAUCAGAUUUGUCAUUGGUCGGAGUGCUAAUCGAGGUGAUAGCUUGGAUCGAAACAUUGACGAGGAAAAUCGCUCAACAGGGGAUUUCUUAAUUCUUGAAGGUCAUGAAGAGGCUCAAGAAGAAUUGCCUAAGAAAGCUAAGUUCUUCUUCAGCACUGCUGUGCAGAACUGGGAUGCAGAUUUUUAUGUCAAAGUUGAUGACCAAAUUAACCUUGAUCUCGAGGGAUUAAUUGGACUCCUGGAACGCCGCCGAGAUCAAGCCAGUGCUUAUAUGGGAUGUAUGAAGUCAGGAGACGUUGUAACAGAAGAGGGAAAACAGUGGUAUGAGCCAGACUGGUGGAAAUUCGGGGAUGAGAAAUCGUACUUCCGCCAUGCAGCUGCUCCACUUAUCAUACUCUCAAAAAAUUGGGCUCAAUACAUUAACAUUAACAGUGCAUCUCUAAAGACCUACGCUCAUGAUGAUACAUCAAUCGGAUCUUGGAUGAUGGGUGUCCAAGCAACAUACAUAGAUGACAAUCGCCUUUGCUGCUCUAGCAUAAAGCAAGAUAAGGUCUGUUCCCUGGCCUGAUGAUCAGAGGAGCCGGGUUCCUCCUGUCUCGUGAUUCUUUUGCUUCGGCGUACUGGGAGAAGCUGUUGUCGGGAUAUCCUUCUUGACAACAUCUAUUCAUUGGAUCCACCUCCAUUCAGGACCGGUGGAUUUCAGACCGAUUCUUUUUACACUCAGAGGUACGCCAGCUGCAGAUUCUUUUGACGGUAAGCAACAGGCUCAAACUAGAUUUUUGUAUAAAUCCAGUGUGCCGAUUGAUUGCAUUAUCUAGGCACGGAAUGAAGUUGCAAAUUACAACAGAGGGUUGGUCUUUGAGUAGAAUCACCAGAGUAGAGUUGUUGAUUGUGUGUCGACGAGGCUUCUUUUGGUUCUCUAGUUUGUUAGUUUGACAUCAGUUGUAAAUGUAUCUGCGGAGCAUUCGAGCCUGCUCAAGUAUUUAAUAGGUUAACUAACUCAUCAAAAUGACUCGCAAAACACUCAAAAGGCCAUGAAUCAAUGAGUAUCGAAGUGUAUGACUAAUGUGUAAGAUUCCUUUUGAUAACCUCAAGACUGGAGACUAUAGCUCCAUCAUUGGGAGGAGCAAUGCUUACAUUUAGACGGAGUCCAUGAAGUUGGUUCAACGCCUUGAAAUUUCUCAAACGUGAACUCCUCUUACAAUUUUUCUACAGUAUCACUUGCGAGGGAAGGAUAAGAGGAUGCCGACCUUUAAGAAGAUUCCAUGUAGUUCUCUCGUGCGAAGUUGGUUUAAAGCUUUGAGUUUUCUUAGAAUUUCAACUGUUCUUAAAAUCGUUGCCACAAACCACAAUACCAAUUGAGGGGAAGGGGAUAAUCGAUAAGAGAAUAUUGUAAUGUUGAUUUUAGGCCGACUCCAUCUAGUUCUCUCAUUUCAAGUGGGUUCAACGCCUUGAAUAUUCUCAAAAUGUGAACUACUCUUACAAUCGUUUCCAUAAUAUCACCUAGUGUUGUAUCCGGCCCGUUGGCCGGUUCGUGGUCAUUUGGGUAUUUUUUAUAUUUAAAUAUAGGUGGUUCGACUUUUAGUAUUGAGUACCGAUGGUGCGAAAGAGUACCUUGAUAGUUUAUUCUUUUUUACUUUGAGUGUCCAUUAACUUUAUAAUUUUUAUUGAAUCUGUGUUUCAUUCUAUACUUAACCAUACUAAGUUUAAGUUAGACAACAAAUGAAAUGAAAAGCUAUCUAGAAUCUAUAUUCAUGCCUUGAGAUAUUAAACUUCACUAAAUCAAAGCAACAAAUUUCAACAAAGAUCUAUAUUUUCGUUAUAUAUGAAAUAAGUAGCUUGCAAAUAUCAUUGUAUCACUAUUUUGAUUUAUAUAUUGUAGAUUGAUCAUCUAUUUGAAUUUCAAAGGAAAUAAUACACAAAAUGUUACUAUAGAUGUAUUACAUUUAAAUAGUUUAAAGAUAUAAAAUUCGAGGAAAAGAGGUAAAAUGUGGUAUGAAAAUAGAUUAUUUGGACAAUUAUGUAAAGCAUGGUCGUCCCAUGAUAUUUGGAGGCCCUCUUCAAAAAAUUAAAAUUAUCUAUUAUCUCUAUGAUUUCGUAUUCUCCAUGAGAUCCUUUUCAAUUUUUAUUAUAGAUAAAAUUAUCUAUUAAACUCUUCAUCAUACUCGUAAUAAAUCAACCAUACACUAAAAAUACAACCUACACUAUUUGAUCGGUAGUUAACGGAUCUAACUGGAGGCCCCUAAUAUUCAGAGGCCUUGUGCAGGCACUGCGAACUGACACACCCUCUUGGCCGGCCCUGAUGUAAAGCAACUAAGAUUCGGAAAUAUUAGUAUAGAUGUAUUAAAUUUGUAUAUUUAAAGGAGACGAAAAUGAAGAAUAUUUUGACUUGAAAUGACCUUUAUAUGUUAUUCAUCCAUUUGAACUUUAGUUACCGGAAUUCAAAGUUAACCUUUAACAAUAUGCUCAUAUUUUCAAAUGUUUAUUACCUAUGUUUUCAAAAGCGAAGCGGUUGUGGAUGGAAGAUGUCAAUGACUCAAGAUUAAUGGUUUAUCGUUAUACAACUAUUUUGGAAUUGUUAAUAGAAAUAUUCAUUCAUGUAAAUAGUAUAGAUGUAAAUAGUAGCAUAAUUAGGUUGAAGAAGUAUUUAAGUUGUUUUCGUAUUGGUUGGUCCACAAUCCCAAUGAGUCAUGAUAGAACGAAACUAAAAAUAAGUGAAGUUUAAAGAUGAUAGUAAAAAGAACAUUUUAUAUGGUUGCGAUUCAUUCAUUUUUCUUCGACUUUAAGCAAUUACAUACAAUAAAAAAAUCAAUUAUUUUUUUGUUCAAUUAUUUAAAGAAGAAUCCAAGGCACUGUUUGUGCAGGUUACUGUAUGGAGUACAGCUCUAAGCCAUAUUUGGCGAGAACGAUGUACCAGGCUCUAUGGCAAGAAGUCCAUCAUGCUGCUAGGAGAGUUGAUGAAUGAAAUUCAUAGCGAUGUCUUGUAUCGAGUGACAGGGGAUCCUAUUCCCUAGGCCGAGUUGGAGUAUAUAGAUAGAUUAUAGUUAUAGAAUUACUCUUUUUUAGUGUUAUAGCCCUUUGCUGGGUGAUUUUUGGUUGUAUUGUUUGAGAGGCACGUCAGGUUUUUCUGAUGGUUUGCUUGAGCUUAAUGCAAUUAUUGAUUUCACAUAACAAAAUAUAGAGUCAAUACGAUGUGGAUGGAAUUAUUAUUUAACCUAAGACUAAACAUGAUCGUAAUUGUACCUUUCGAAAUUUAAUGUAAAAAAUAAAAAAAUUAGACAUGCUUAUUUGAAAAUUAAAAGAAUAAAAAACAAUAGAAAUUGAUUGUAUUUUGCCAAGAUUUCCCAUUUUUCUUACUGUUCAUGUUUUCCAAAGUCACUGUGAAAUUAAGAUUCUCAAUCUUUUGAGGGUUGAAACUUGAUUUAUCUGUUUAACGUAAAAAUCCGAUGCGAAAAAAUCUAUUCAGAAGGAACCUCUUCGCAAACAUCCACGCCACAACAAUAUAUCAACUUCGUCAUCUCGAAAUUCAAUUUGCUAUCAUUAUCUCAUUGUGGAGCUAAACUACUUUAAAUAACCUCUGAUUUUUUCCCAACCACACAAAAUAAAUCUACAUAGAGCAAAGUCCAAAUAAUUAUUAUAAUAAUAUUUAUCUUAAACCAAAUAUUCAUUUCCCUUAAUCUUGAUCUCAUUUACAAAAAGAAAACCAAAAAAAGUCCAAUAAUAAUGAGUGACUCUUGAGUACAUCAACUUUUGAAAAAUGGACAAAAUUGCCCUUCCAUCAAAUAAGGAGAACCAAUCAAAGUGCAAGGUGGCAACAAUGACAUAGAGUGAAGUGCAUAAUAUAUUGUGUAGAUUGAGGGGAAGAGAUCAGAGGAUUGUUUAAUUUUAACUAUUUCGUAAAUAUUUUUUUUUAAAUUUUCAUUUUUUUCCAAAAGUACUCAAUAGUUGAUUAAAAUUAAUAAACAUUCAUGUGACACGGUCAAAUAAUUGAUUAUUUUUCAUGUCAUACUGACGAAAAGUUAAUGAUUUUACUAUGUAUUGUGUUUAUAAAAGGGUAAUGACUAUUUAUUAGCCAAAUUUUUUCCGGAUUUUUUAUUAGUUAAACCUAUCGAAAUAUUAAGAAUUAGUCAAAUGUUAACUUUUAGUUAGCAAUUUCGUUAGUAAUAUUGACUUGCAACAUGAUACUAACUUGGAAAAAAUACGAAGGUCAACAUUUCAAAAUUUUAGUAUUUUAACUAAGAAAAGAUUUACAAGGGCUAAUGUUGAAACCUUUCCUGAAGAAAAUAUCAUACCUGCCGCUGAAAAUUAUUAACGAUAACAUAAAAAUGGCUAAUAUUUUGAUGCAUUAUGAAAAUUUUGGUUAAUUAAUAACAUUUUAAAAAAUUUGAAUAAUUAAAAAAACAUUAGAAUAAAAAAUAGAUAUUACCCUUUAGAAUCCUACCACUUAUUUAUGGAGGUUCUCCAUCCAAACAUACUUCAUUCAAAAUUUCUAGCUCUCUCAGAGAAUUUAGAGAGGAUAUUUGUGUCAUGUUAAAUGUUAAAAAAACACCAUACACAUAAACCCUAAAAAAGUGGAUAUAAAGUAGCCGUCUCUCUAAAAAACGUCCUUUCUUAAUAAACUAACUUAUAACCCGGCCCGUUGGCCGGAAUGUUUAUAUUUUAAUAUUUAUAUUUAAUGUUAUGUUUAAGUCUAUUAAUUCGAUUAAGUUUAUUGAAAAUCAUUCAAUCGAGAUGCUACAUAAAGAAUGAAUAUAUAGGUCGAACAUUCAGGGAAAUACCCUCAUUUAAGAAUGUAAAAAUGUAUCAUUAUCCCAUUUUCAAAAUGAUAAUUAAGCCCUAUUAAAAUUAUAUUGGUUAAUAGAUUGUACAGAAAUAUAUAAUAUAAAAGCUCAUUAGAAUUACCACACGAUCUAUUGAUAGUUUGAAACUGAACUCACAAUCCCACAUAAAUGGUUCAAAGCUCUCCUCGAUGAAUAACAUGUCACUAAUAAAAAAGAAAUGGAUUUAUAAAAAAACAAAAAUGAAGAGUUGUUGAUUCAAGUAAAUCAUAUGCUAACAACUCAACUAAAAGGAGACCAUCAAAACUUGAGAGCAAAUGACAAAAUUAGAUUUACAUCUAAUAUACUAAUAGACUCGAUCAAAGUAAUGAGACACAAAAUUAGACACUCCUUAUCUAUAGGUUCCAGUAGUUUGAAUAGUGAAUCGACCUUAACUUUAGUAAAUCAAUCAAUGAUUCCUAGUUUUAACAUAAACAUAGGUUGUGGUAGUUGCAACAACCAUAACACCUAAAGAUCCAAUAGUUUCCACUCUUCGUUGUACAACAAACUUUUUAUCCCCUCCAUCUUCAAUCUCUCGACGUAUAUGUUUUAAACCAAAAUUCAAUUUCUAAUCCUCAUUCUGCAACUCCAUUUAUGCUACUUUGAUAGACCUUCUCUCCAUGAACCUGAAUUUCUCUUUAAUAGAGUUUCUUGUCAGCUUGAUCUCCAACUCCUCAAUCCUCUUACUUGUAUUUGGCCAACUCAUCUUCCUCGGGUCAGUUUUAAUAAGCUCGUAAAACUAACACUCAUCUUCAAUUCCAUCAAUAUGCUCUUCUCUUCCUUCUCCGUCUUCACCUGAUCCAGUUCACUUCCAUGCCCUUCAAUACCCUCUCCAUUUUCAUUAAUAUCCUGAUCAUCUACCGCUUCUCUCACUUCAACUGCUCCGAUUUUGCUUCUAUGUCUUUCAAUACCCUCAUUGGUUCAAUCACUACCCUGACCAACUACCUCUUCACUGCCUUCACUUGUUGCAAACUACUUCCAUGACUUUUUACACACCUUCCUCAAAAUCACAGUCAACUAACCAAUAUCAAUCCAUGGCCUUGGAUCAGUUUUAAACUCUCUAUGAACAUCUCAAUACCACAAAGUCUAAAUCUAAAUAUUCUUUCAAUUAAUUAUGAACUUGAGUUUAUCAAAAUCUAAUCCACUCCUUCUAUGUUGGAACUCCCAUCCCCCAAGCUCAUUUUUGGUUCAUUUGAUCCCACAUAACCAUGAUAUUAUACCUAUAACUAAAAUAAAUCAAUAUAUUUUACGAAAAGAAAACGAACCAUGAACUUUACCUGCUACCAAAUCCAAACACAAUUUCUUCCUCUCACCACAUCCCUUCCCAAACCCAAUAUCAACUUUUACUCCAAGUUCACACCCACAACUCCCAGUGUGUUGUGUGAAAGCUUAAUUUUAGCAAUCAUUAUGCUUGCAAUUAGAUUAAUGGACACCAGCAAACGCCAAAAUUCCACCAGACGAUGAGUUGUCUUCACUUUGAGUUUGUCGUAAAAUUGCUGGCCUGAUAUGUUUAUCAGUUUGGAGGCCAUAUGAUGAGCAAUACCGAAUCAGUUGCAGCGAAGUUACCGGUCACAGUAAUGACAAUGUGUAACAUGUGUUAACAAACGCGAAUAUGUGAAACAUGAGAUCGUCCUUAGUUACGCGACAUGUAAAUUGGUUCAUUUGGUAUGGAGGACACAAACCGUUAAAAUUUUAAAUUAUUUGGGUGAGUUUGUAUUUAGUGUUUUCAAAAUCGUGGUAUAUGAGUUAGGUGGUUAAAUUAUCUAAACCCAAACGAACCGACCCACGUACACCCCUAGGAAGAUUUUCAAAACUUAGUAUUUAACCGGACAAAAGUGUUCAGAGAACCAGUCCCCUAUAGUUUGCAGAAAGAUAUGAUUGCUUCACUAUAGUUAUGGAAAUUAAUGGUUAAAGAAUUCUAUAUCGCUUCUACAUAUUCAAUACUAUAAUUUGAUAUGAAAUAUUCGAACCAACAAUAUUUUGGUUGCAAAUUUAUGGUUAUCGUCUAUUUAUAAGAUAGAUAAAAUUUUAAAUUAAGUAUUAAACUAUAAUUAAAAUAAAAAAUAUCAAAAUCGAAGUAUCAAAAUACUAAAUAAGUACUUACGGAAUAUUUAUUGGGCUAGCUAACUGUUGAAAAGUUAUGUGAUUUCAUAUUUUAGCUUGGUAUAUAUUUUUAAUUAAAAAAUACAACAAAUCUACAUAGUCUGAUUGAUUUUAAACCUUCACUUUGUUUGAAUUGACCAUGGUUCAAAUCUCAAUAUGUCUAUCUUUUUCUGUAAAUAAAUAAAAAUACAGAUAAUUGUGAAGACAAAAAUGUCAUUCCUAAUUUCCUUCUCAUUGCGUGAAAUUUGAAAAGGGAGAUUAAGUUUCAAAUAAUUAAAUCAUAUACCCUAAAUCUAUAGAACUUAAACCCUAAUAUCAUAUACUAAGAACAUAAUCAAUGAUUCUGAUUCACCAAGAUGUAUACAACAUACCAUAUGCACUAUAUUAGGUUUUAGAGUUUAGUUACGUGAUUAAUCUAUGGUCUAAAUAAUGUUAUUUAACUAAAGAGAUGCACUAACCCUCAAUCCAUCGAGCGUACCAUAGAAUUUCCAAUGUAUAUACAGGUACCAUUGUUUGUUAAAUUUAGCCAAUGAUAAUUGGCUCAUUUGUCAAUGGUAUUUACUAUUUAGUCUUUCAAUUCUAUGCUUAUAAUUGUCAACCAUUAGGGAAAUUGUUAGCCAAUGAUUUUUGGUCAUUCACUUAUAGGCUAUAGCAUUGAAAAUGUCUCGUUACAAAACCAUAGAUCACAAAUGUCAAAUUUUAUGUUUUGAAAUAAAAUUUUGUAUAGCACUUUUGUAAACAAUCCUUGUAUUCCUACAAACUACAAAGUCAUGUAACCUAAUAAAUGUAAAAGUUGUAAGACAUACAUAAACUCAAAAUAUACUAUUUGAUUCUUGGUGAAGAAUAGUGUGAUUAGAAGAACUCACUUAGUUGAUUCAUAAAGCCAGGUAUAUCAUGAUGAUUCACUUUGUAAAUAAUUACAGUUAUUAAUUAAUUCGAUGAUUAAUUGUUGCGGUGGAUUGUCCCAUGAUUUUGAGAUAUUUCAGUAUUUUGUCUCUUUAAUUCAAAAAAUACAUAAACAUUGUUGCAGUCCAGUUGGUUAGGAAUAUUGGCUAUCAAUCUGAAGGACUUGAGUUCAAGUCUUUGUAAUGACAUUUUCUUUCCGAAAGAAGAUAUUUAAGUUCUAAGUUGAACUUACAAAUUUACCCCUAGCUACAAUUAAGGAGAGUGCAAGGAAUUUGAAAUGUAUAGGACUCGAGUUCAAGUAUUUGUAAUGAUAUGUAAGUUCUAAGUUGAACUGAUAAAUUUACCCUUAGCUACAAUUAAGGAGAACUGCUAUAUAUUACAGAGGGACGAUGAGAAAAGUAAUUUUGAUUAAAACUUAGUAUGUUAUAAAAACUUUCGUAGUGGAUAUAAGGUAGCCAUAUAAUUAAUAAUUCACAAUUAAUUAUUAUAUAUUUUAUUUAAUAAAUCAUUUAAAAACAUAAAAAACAGUGAGAAUAAUAAUUUUUGUUACAAAUUUUCAGGCAUCUAAUUAGAGCUCUCCACUUAGCAAAUUUCCUCUCCUUAAUUCUUAAUACCCAUUUCUAAAAAAAAUCUCUCUACCCUAACAUUUAGAAAAAUUAUAUUUAAUGUGAUUUGAACAAUGACAUUCAUUCCAAUAUGAUUUAAACUAAAAUAUUUGUCCUUCUAAGAACUUGGUCAAAGUCACGUGUUAUGUUCAUUCAUGACAAUGAUACUAGGAAUUAUAAAAUGCUAUAUAGUAUUGGUGUUAUAGUUUUCCCCCUUUAUGAUACAAUAUGAAAUUGUACCUUUAACGUUAUGGUACAACUUCAGAUUGUACCUAUACAUUUUGUACAAAUUCUUUUAUGGUACAACUUGAACUUGUACUUUUAUUUGAUGGUACAACUUCAAGUUAUAAAGUUGUACCAUAACAUAAUGAUACAAAUCCUUUAUGGUACAACCUAAACUUAUACAUUUAAUGUUAGUGUACAACUUUAAGUUGUACACUAAAACACCGAUGUUAUAUAGCAUAAUAGAAGUGCUCUCAUAAGUACACCAAUAUAGUAUGAAAUUUCUAAAAUCUUAGUAUAAUUGUAUUAUAUCGUUACUAAAUUGUAUACAUAUCGCUUCCAUUCCCAUUUCAAUUUUAAAGUUACAUAUAUUAAAUAGAAAAUUUAUAUUUAAUAUGAUUUACACAAUAAUUUUUGUUCUGAUAUGUUUCAAAUGAAAAUUAUCCUUCUAAAUAACAUGGUUGCAGACAUGUGUUAGGUUUUUUUUUUAUGAUAAUGAUACGUAAUGUAACACCCCGUGUUCCGGUUUAAGUUCGACCGAAUGGUUGGAUUGACGGUUACAUACGAUGGGAUAAAACCGCAAAUUAGGAAUAAUAGCAUUAUCAUUAUUGUUAUUAUAUUAUAUUAUUAUUGUUUAAAAAAAAGGGGGGAAGGGAGACGGAAAAUCCCCCCAUCCGUGACCCCUCUCUCUCUCCUGUGGCCAAUUAAUUGGUCAUUCAGCUUCCCUUCCACACAACAACGAAAAUGGCAGGAAGAAGAAAGGAAUGAAAAGAAAGUAAAACCCCAGUCCUAUUCUUUAUCUCGCUCUCUCACUCUCUAGCUCCUUCAACAGCCGUCGUCGAGUGCGAAGAGUUGGAAAAGUUACAUGAAAUGGUGCGGAUAGGGGAGAGGAGCUGGGAGUCAUCGUCACCGGAGGAACGUGAAAGAGUGAUCAUAAUCCGUUGAUGGGGAGAUGAGGAAGAGGUAAGGAUCUAUUUUAUUGAAUUCGAUAAUGUUGAUGACUACCGUAAUGGACUAGCUAGCUGCUCUACGUCAAGGGCUAAAUUUUAUGAUUUAGAGGAAGCUUUAGAGGGGAAGGAAGGUUACAGCUUGGUCCAUUUAAUUUUAGAAUCGGUUUGGCAAGGUAAAUUGUUGGCGCUUACAAUAAAGCGAUCUCAUGCUUAUGAAUUAGGAUGAGGGGGGAAUGGAAUUGGUUGAUCAAUUAAUUUGGACAAGAGAUAGGAGAGAUUGGUGUAGUAGUUAUAAUAAUGAUCUUGAAAGUACCCAUAAGAAAGGUGGAAUGCAUGAAUUGGGAAUUGGGUACGUAACGUGGUGAUGAUCAUUGGUGCGUUAAGGUGAGGAAGAAGGUAAUUUGGAGCAACAAGUCUAACUUUGGCAUUAUCUGGGUAGUGGGUAGUUAUAAGUAGUGGGGCUAUCAUAUAUGCGCCCAAUAAUGAUCAAUGAGAGGAUUAGUGCAUGGAUUUAACGAUGAAGUUGUAGAUCACCUAUAUAUGGGUUCUAAAAUUAGAGAUAAUUGCUACAUGCUCUCGCGAUAGAGAAAGGAAAAGGGAACGAUAUCAUAAUAGCGGGCAAAGGAAUGGACCAGGGGAAAGCAUGGUUCUCGCGAAUUCAAGUCAACAAGGUUACAUGGUGAGUGUAAAGGGGGUAAAAUCUCUGUCAAGAUCUUUUUAGUUUAUGCUUUUCGUUCAAGUUAUUAAUUAGUUAAUUUUUGAGUAAUAUGCGAUGUGUGUGUGAGGCAUCCCACCGCCUGUAAGGGUGGAGGCACGCGUUGUGCUAUGUAUGAAUGUAUGUGAUGUUUGUAUGGUUGAUGAUAUGAGGAACCACCGGGCGGUUGGGCCACUACUGGACGCGGUAGAUGGUCAGGUCACUACUGGACGGCGAUACGUAACGCAGUAGUUGACCGGGCAUGAACUGGACGGCGAUACGUAACGCAGUACCAUUGCCUUGAGGAUAUGGACACCGGACGACGAUACGUAACGCGGUGAUUCCCUAGUAAUAAGUAUAUAAGUUAAGGAAGUAGUAGAGAACUUCUAUGUUUUGAGGAUAAAAGUUGAGAACCUCUUAGGAGUUAAUGUUGAAAUGAGUUGAUAAGGUUGAUUAUUUAAGAGCAGAAAGCGAGAACGGCUUUCAUGCUAGGAAGGCAUUCCCUUAAUAAUGUGUUUAGUAAGGAGUUCGCCUAGGGCAAAGACCUUAGGAAGUAACGACGAGACUGACCCCUUCUCACUCACCAGGUCGAGGGAAGGUUAGCAGAAGUGGAUCGCGAGGUGAAGCAGGGAGAGGCGAGUAGCGGUAUCAUCGUUGACGUAAUAUCAGGAAGCUCAUGAGGAGUCAAGUUAGAAUAGUUAAAUUUUAUUGUUUCAUGGUUAUUAGUAUAAACUGGAGAUUCUGUGUUAAGUUAUUUUAAGUGUUUGAGAUUGAGAUUUUGCCCAGGUGUUGAGGCUUUUUGUUUAAAAUUCUUCAAUAGUGUCAGUUUGUUUAUUUUAAAAUGUGGUUUGGGUUGCUCCAGAGUAACCAGUUUUUGGGUUGAGUUAUGGUUUGGUUUUUGAAAAAGAUCGGGAUGUUACCCAUAAUUACACAAAUAUGGUGUGGAAUCGGUAAAUUUUGAGUAUAAUUUUUGUACAAUGGUAGAAUAAAACUGAAAUUAUUGU